CGAGGCGGCGGGAGGGCGGUGUGUGGCUGACUCAUCCCUCUCGGCAGCCGCGGAGACAAGAGACACACACUUGCGCACACACACACACACGCGCACAGAUAUACACACAAAACCCGCCUGACCAGCUCUUGCUCAGCCCGCCAGCCCGGUCGCCAGUCCCGGCUCCAUCCUUGUCUGUUCGCUUUUGCGUCCGCCCGGAGAAAGUUGUGCCCAGGAGGAGCCGCAGGGGUACGAGAAGUCUGUAGCGGCCACCCGCCCGUCCCGGGGAGUGGAUGGUGCCCAGCGCCCCGGCUGCCUGUCUGGAGGGCAUCGGGGCGGGGUCGGGUUGAGCCCGGGUCGGAGUCCCUCCCCCACGGCUCCUUCCCUUGGCCUCCCUCCUGCGCCCCCUCCCAUCCCCCAGCAUGUCCCGGCUACUGCUGCCCCUGCUGAGGAGCCGGACUGCGCACAGCCUGCGGCCCCUGCCCAGCUGCAGCCCGCGCGCAGCGGCGCGGGCCCCAGCGCUGCUCCUUCAACCGCCCCCCGCCUUGGCCGCCCUGGCAGCUGCCGCCGCCGCGCCGCGCCCUUCUCGGGGGCUGGGCACCCACCCCCAGCGCGAACCCAUGGAAGCGUUAAACACGGCGCAGAGAGCCCGCGACUUCAUCUACAGUCUGCACUCCACUGAGAGGAGCUGCCUGCUCAAGGAGCUGCACCGCUUCGAGUCUAUAGCCAUCGCCCAAGCAUCCAGAUAUCCCAAACCUGAUCUUGCUCUUAUGCAGCGAAUGAAGCAGGAGACAUCACCUGAAACCCCUGAUAGUUUCGAAAAAUUGGAAGCUCCACCACCUAACCCGGCACAACUGAGAUAUGUAUUCAUCCACAAUGCAUUACCUUUCGUAGGGUUUGGCUUUUUGGAUAAUGCAAUUAUGAUUGUUGCAGGAACCCAAAUAGAGUUGUCUAUUGGAAUUAUUUUGGGGAUUUCAACUAUGGCAGCUGCUGCUUUGGGAAAUCUUGUUUCAGAUUUAGCUGGACUUGGUCUUGCAGGCUAUGUUGAAGCUUUAGCUUCCAAGUUAGGCCUUUCAAUUCCUGAUCUCACUCCAAAGCAAGUUGACAUGUGGCAAACUCGUCUUAGUGCGCACUUGGGCAAGGCUGUUGGAGUGGCUAUUGGUUGCAUUUUAGGAAUGUUUCCUUUGUUGUUCUUUAGAGAAGAAGAAGAAAAAAAACUGGAAGAAAAAAAUUAACCCUUUUAGAAUAUCUAUAAAAAGUUGUAAAAUAAUGUACCUCACUUAAUUUAAGUAUGCUGUCACAAUAUUUAGGAAUUAAGACAGUAACUAUGUAUAGAUAUGGGAACAAGCAAUUAAGCAUGUUUUAUUAAAACACUAACUUAUUGUGGCUUGAUGUUCUUAUUCUUAGUAUAUCUUUUUAUAAAAAGAAUAGCUUCUUAUUUCAUAAAAAUUGUUCAAAUGCCUUUUCACUAAUGGCAAUUAACAUUUUCAUUUUUCUACUUUUAUUUUGCAUAUUUCAUGGCUAAGCUAAUAUUUUAUUUUAAGUCAUUGUUAUACUGUUUAGAUUUGGGGUUUUCUCAUUUGUUAUUAAACAUAUGUGGUUGCAUGGAAA